AUGCCUAAGAUUAAAAAAAACAAUAAUAGAUAUAGUAAGAAUAGAAGACUUUAUAGAAAAAUGAGACAAGAAGCUUGGAGAAUAAGUAAAGGUGAUAUAGUGGAGAACAGUAUGGAGAAAAUUAACACGGAAGCCGUACGAAUGAUAAAGGUAGAAAAUGGUCUCGACUUAAAAGAUUCGAGUCAAGAAUUCAAAAAUUGGGCAAUGGAAAAGAAUAACUUCAUGCUCUUGGGUCAAAAAGUCAUUAGUUUAGCGGAACAAAGCAAGAUUCUGCAGGAAUAUAAAACGCUCAACGAUGAUUUUACAUCAAGACUCAGGGAUGAGAAUUUUUUGACUGACGAAAGAAAGAUUGGAGAGAAAAGACCGAUUUCGGAAUCGCCACGAUUAGAAAUCUCCAAGCCGAAGGAUACGAGGAAAGAAAAGAAGAAGACGAAGAAGCAGCAAGAUUAA